AUGCGAUAUUACCUGCGGAACCCAAAGACCAAAGUCAUCAGCCCUAGUGCGCUGCUGCCGCCGGCACUGCAGCGCGACACAGAGCUCUACGGGCGAAUUAGCAAGAUGUGCACCAUGCGCGAGGCAAUGCGCGAGCGGCUCAAGUCACAGAGCAAGACAGACGACUUUAGCCGCAUCAGCGCACUGAUGUCUGCCAUCCAGGCGUACCUUGUGGAGCUGCACUGGUAUGUGUGGUACUACGAGAACAACACAGAUGCGUUCAAGGACAUGGCCGGCGUGGACUUUAUCUGGAAAAGCGCCAUUGUCAGCAAGCUGCACGACGCAAUGGGACUCUCGCGAACGCGGUAUGGCAAGCGGGGAGGUGGCGCGGAGAGCGAUGGUGGCAAUACGUCGUCUACAGGAUUGGGGGCGCGGGUAUUGGGCGGAGGGUCGAACAAGCAGCGGCGCACACAGUCGACAUCCAUAUACAUGGAGCUUGGGUUUACGCUGUUGGCGCUGGCGAUAGCAAAGUCUAUGGCGGCGUACUCCAAGGUGGCAACGCUGGACACGGAGAUCGAGUGCGAGACGAUGAACGCCAUGACGCCCGGAGCGCAGGUGGCCAACAAGGACGAGGACGACAAGAUCCUCGAUGCGCUGAGGCGCGCAGCGCUCGAGCUACGUGAGGCCGCUGGAGUCUUCCAGUACAUCAUCGACCAUGUGCUGCCGCAGCUCCGCGGCAUCCGGCUGGGCGUUCCCGACUUGACGCCCGAUAUUCAGUACAUGCUGCAAAUGCUGUCGCUGGCCGACGCUGACCGUCUGUCUGUGCGCGUCUGGCUGCGCAACGACAAGCACCACCGAAAGACACCUAACAUGCCCGCCAACUUCCUUCUGUGCAUCCAAGAGCGCUACUCCAACGCCGUCACUGCACUGCGCAUGUUGCAGAGCGGUGAGUUCCGCAGCAUAUCGUCGGACAUCCAGAACUACAUGCGCGACGGCCAGCUCGUCAUCCUUGCCCAGGCUAUGGUGUAUCUUGCCCAAGUCCACAGUGACAACAAAAAGUACGGCUACGCUGUGGGCUUUAUGCGUUAUGCUCGCGAUUUGCUCACAGAGGUCAAGAAGCGCAAGACGUCAGUUCAUGCGAAUACUGCUGAAAUGCUGCUCCGUGGGCCGCUCGAGCCGCUUUACAGCUUGUACCGCCGAAACAACGACUCCAUUGGGUUUGAGCCUGUGCCGUCGACUGAAGAGCUGCAUGGGCGCCUGCCCUCAGGCCGUGCGCUAUUCAGCAGCGCGACCGUGUAUGUGCCUCCAGCAAUCCUGAGCUGA